GCGAUUUAAUAAACAUCCUCAGUCUAUGAAUGAAGCUUCGCGACCAGACGUGAACCUGCUCUUGGCGCAGGACGGCUAACUACUGUGGCGAAUUCUUGCGCGUAUGUACGCCGCGCUCGGCGGACAGCGGACCACUGAUAACUUCUCGGAAGACACUUCAUUCAUAGCUGUCCCAUUUCUGUACGGGCUGUAGGCGGUGAAUGAACGCCAUGUCGCUAGCCAUUGUAUAAUUUGAUUGGGUGCUCAUGUUUUAACAAAAAGAAGCCCCGAUGGGAAUCCUCCAAUAAAAGAUCGUAUAAAUCUUGCAAGACGUUGUAGAAAUAGUUUUGCGCUCUGUUGACAGUGCGAAAAGGAUGAACUUAAGUUUUCCUUAGCGUUUGGGGAAAAAAAGCGAGUGUUUUUCUUAACUACUCUGUGUUGAAUUUAAAUAUUUCAACAUGGAUGGGAGCGGGGAUACGGUGAUGGAGACGACCCUCUUUCCUAUACCCGACAUGGAGAGUGAAAUACCAAAUGUUAAUUCCAAUUCUUCCAAAACAGACUCUGAAAAACAGAACACCGAUUCCACAAGCGAAAGUGAAUCUGCAAAGACAACCAAAGUUGAAAAAUACAACCUACGACGCAUAACCGUCGUGAACAGAAUAGAGACUGAAAAAAAGUUGGCGCUUCCGAGACAACCGAAAGCAAAAGCGAAACCGCCUCCUCUAAGUAAAUACAGACGGCGUGCGGCAAAUGCGCGGGAACGGAAUAGGAUGCAGGAGAUUAACGUGGCGUUCGAGGCGCUGCGGAACGCCGUGCCGAACAUCGAUUCCGAGAUGACGGAGUGCGCGUUGCAGAAGAAUGCCACGAGCAACAUGACGAAGAUCACGACGCUUAGACUGGCCAUGAAUUACAUCCGAGCUCUUCGCCAGAUUCUUGGCCAGGAAGAUGAUCUGGGAUCCGACGCCUCAUCCACGCGUAGCACCAGCAUCUCGUCCGGGGACGAGUCGUGUCUCAGUCCGUCUGACGGAGACUUCAACCAUUCGGACUCUGCGUCUGAGGGGAUUCUAUCUCUGGAAGCAGAUGACAUCAGUUUGUUCCCUCAGAUCAUCUCAUAGCAAACAGUCAUUGUGAGCUCAGAGAUCAGUAGUGCUACGGCUAACCCCGAACAAACCAAGUUCUAAGAUAACUGAAUCUUCAACGAGGAUUUUGUUCGUUUUCUGGUUGGUCUUUACAAGAAUGUUUUACAAGCGCUUUUCAAUGAAAAGUGUUGCCUCCAGAAGAAGGAUGAUGUUAAACGUUAAAAACUUGGGAUACUCGCAGAACUGGAACGGAGUAAUGUUCGAGGUGUUUCCACAGCUAAGUGUGAAAAGGCCUCUUAAAAAAAGACAAGACAACUUCGUUUGGCUACAAAAUUGGGAUGUGUUUAUAUACUAUCUGCCAUAAACGCAUACAAAGUAAGAUAAACAUUGUUUACUGUGUCAGUGAAUGUCAUAAGACUGAGACUGAUGAUACGUUUCUUUACGAAAGAUAUUUAUAGUUUGCUGAAUUCAGGGACUCAUCAUUUCAUCGUAAAUUGUCAUUAACAUUGUUGUUGAUAUUUCAUCCAUGAUCAUACGUAUGUACCUUACGUGAAGAGUAAUAUGUGAAACAGGCUUUUCAAUUGUUAACCUACUCCUUGCUGGGAAAGCCUGGUCACUGUUUCCAACUUCAGUAUAAUUAUGUGGUUUGACCGUUUUAUGACCAUGUAAAUCCAUAAUCAUGUUUUCAUUAGCUGUGACAGGCUGUUUAUUGUAAUAUAUAUAUAUAUAUAUAUAUAUAUAUAUAUAUAUAUAUAUAUAUAUAUAUAUAUAUUUGUACAUACUUUCUGAGAU